UUACAGGAGCAUCAGUAAGUCGGGUUGGACUGGAAGUAGUUUUGACUCAUCUCUUUUUUUCCUUUCAAUCUGUCUUGUCACGUCUUCCAGCUGUUACUGUGUUCGUUACUCUUCCUACUAAGUGCUGUAUCAUCUAAGAUCAUUCAGAGGAGAUGCGUGGGGUGCUAGCUGUUAGCAGUGUUGGGUGCUGAAAGAGAGAGGCACAGGAGAAGAGAGGAGGAUGCCGGCCCCCCUCAGGAUGAGGAGGAGGGGGGCCUGCAGGUCAGCUAUCCCGUCUCUCUCCACCAUCGCUGAGGAAGAAGAGGGACAGCGGAGCUGCAAGAGACGAGGGAAAGGAGGAGGCUCUGACUACCUUCUUAGAGCAGAUGAGAAGUCGUCAUGGAGUCAGCCGGACUCCUCUGCAUCUGGACAGUACACCUACACCAUUCCCAGCCCUACAGACAUACACAUCGUUACCAGACCAGAGCCUCUCAUGCUGAAGAUCGAUGAAAGGCAGAGACUCGCCCGUGAACGAAGGGAGGAGCUGGAGAAGCAGAAUGCUGUACGGGAUUCCAAGUGGAUUGAGAGAGAGGAGAGAGCCAGACAGUUUCAUGAGAGACAGCUGGAGGAGCGCAGGAAAAAGCUUGAGGAGCAGCGGGAUAAAGAAGAGAGGAGACGUGCUGCUGUGGAGGAGAAACGACGGCAGAAACUGGAGGAGGAGAAGGUCCGGUAUGAGGCUGUUAUCAGGAGGACCAUGGAGAGGAGUCAGAGAGUCAGGCCGAAGUCCAACCGCUGGAGCUGGGGUGGAACAAUCUCUACUAGCACCUCACACAUCAGCGGUUUUGAUGAUUCUGCUGUCUUUCCGUUGGAUCUAGCUGGGCUGGAGCACAAUCAUGGUGUUUUCAGCUUGGCGCAUCAGCAGCAGUUUUGCUCUAAAUAUACUGACAGAAGGACAGUCUCCACUAUGAAUCUGUCCAAACCCACAGACCCAGUCAUUUCAAAACGCCUGUCAUCUUCCUCAGCCACCUUGCUGAAUUCACCAGAUAGAGCCUUACAGAAGCAGACAUCUCUCUCGUCAUCUUGCUUGAUUAAAAAAACACAAUCUAAAUCCCAAAUCUCCAAAGAGAAGAUCCCUCAGGACAAAUCAGCAGGUAUGCGUCGCAUGCCUCUUUCCCCAUGGGAGAAUACAAUGAUCAAUCGACUACAGACACCAACACAAUCCUACCUGGCCAGGAGUCGCAGCGCCAUGUCUUUGUCUGGAGAAGCAGUGACCCACGUUUGUCCUCGCUCAGCCUCCUGUCACCCAGUGAGCUCCAUGUCCUUCAAGUCCAUCCAGUCACGCAGCGCUGAGCGACCAAUCAAAGCAAGCCUUAUUUUUGAGAGACCAGUUAGAGCAGGGUAUAUCCCUCCAGAUAGCAGCACUCGCAGAAAGACCACCCAGAUUCUCCCGAUUGACAGGAAGGAUAAAGACAAUGUGAGAAAGUCGUGGAGUAAUCUGUCAUAUCCCACUAGCAGUCUGAGCCUGUUCACACCCAAGAGAUCUCCUUCACCUGCCAGUCAUCGCUGCAGGGUCACCAAUCCUUCCCCCAACAGGGGCUCUACUAAACCCCUUCAGAAGACACCUAACCUCAAAAAGUCCAGGUCUCCUCCUCCAACAUCAAUUCCUCUGUCUCCCAGUAACCCAUCCUCAUCACCAGACAAUCUCAGGCCCAACAGAGUGACAUCAGAGAGCCCGAGAGUUACCCCAGAUGGAGAGGGGGCCAAAAAAGAGGAUGUUGAACCUCCUAAAAUUAAACCAGAGGCUCCUACAACUAAAUCAGAACCAUCUCCUGAAAGUUCAGGAAGUUCUCCAACUACACGGCCCUCUGCAGGCACAACAGAUCCUGAGGAAGCAUCACGACUGCUGGCUGAGAAGCGACGGCAGGCCAGAGAACAGAGAGAGAGAGAAGAAGAGGAGAAAAGACUACAGGAAGAGGCUGAAAGGCGUAGCAGGGAGGAAAUGGCCCGCAGGAAGGCAGUGGAACGAGCAAAGAGAGAGGAGGAGGCACAGCGGCAGGCCGAAGAGAAGAAGAUACAAGAGGAGGAGGCAAAGCGUUUAGAGGAGGAGGAAGCUCAGAAGGAGAAAGAGGAAGUGGAGCGCCUGCAGAGACAGAAAGAGGAAGAGGAGGCCCGUCAGAAAGAAGAGGCGGAGCGUUUGCGUCUAGAGAGAGAGAAACAUUUCCAGAAAGAGGAGGCGGAGAGAAUGGAGAGGAAGAAACGCCUUGAGGAAAUUAUGAAACGCACACGCCGAUCUGAUCAGAAAACCACCCCACGGAGAAAUGGCGAUGGCAGCCAGCAGAGCGGACAGAAUUCAGUGAGUUCAGUGUCCAGCAGCCCUUCAGUAAGUGUGUCGGCCCCUCAGGCUCAAGAGAUCUCUGAGACCAUACGCAGUGACAGCAACGGACACAUGGGGACCAGCUUCAUUACACCCAAACUGCCCACAUCAGGUCACAGUGUGACUGCCCUUCUCAGAGAAAACGGCUCUGUCACAGAGGCCUUCGAGGAAGUCAUAGACGUUCCCACGGGGACCAAACUGUCCCGUCAAGAUGGAGACGGAGAGGAGGUGGAAAAUGAAGAGGAGGAGAGGAGAAAGGUUCCCUUAUUGGCUUUCAGACAGAACGGCAGCAUGCAUGAUGUGAGUGGACUGGAGGAAAACCCAGCACAGUAGAGUUAAGCUCAGUCAGUCAGCCUGGACACAACAUGGAUUUGGGGUGACAUGCGAUGGCCCUUUUAUCUUAUUUAGAUGUAUGAACAUUUAUAAGGAAGGAAAUGCAACCUGCAACACAAGACUGAAAGAAAACCAAGUCAGAGGGAGACCCCUCACUAUACUUCCUUUCAACUGACACUUAGAUGCCUAAAAUAGCAAGAGAAAUUACGAAAUUAAGAUCUCUUGGCUUCUACUUCCUGUAAUCAGCUCCUGUCUCCUCAAACUGAAGUGGUGCACCUUAGGAACCACAUCUUCUGUCUUUUUUGGGGGAGACCACCGUAGUGGUGACUGAAGUCAUGUCUUAUACUUGAAGAAAAGUGUUGUCACUGUAAAGUGCUAACCAUAAGGAAUGUGUGACAAGAGAAUGAUGUUUGUUGUGUUUGCAUAGAUUUAUGGAAAAACCUUGUAGUUUUGCUCUCGUUUUGCCAGCAAUUGAGUGGCUGAACUCUUUGCUUAGUUUUAUAAUUAUUGUUCAAAUGAAGAGAACAUAUUUUCUUCCCACUUUGCAAAGCUCGAAUAGAUUUUUGUCUCUUGAAUUAUGAAUUUUGCUAUGGUUUGCAAAGACUUCAUCUCAUUCCGUCCCAGUGUACGACUGUCUGCGCAGUCCUAGCGAAGUAAAACUCUUGGCCUAAAAUUUUAUAUUUUUUUCUGAUAUAAUUGGGUGAAUUGAAUGUACUCCGCAACAUAUCCAUGAUAUAUUUAACUCAAAAUUAAAUGGAAAAGGUAUUUUCUUUCAAUGUUAAAUCAAUGUUAGAAUUAAGCACACCCAUCAAUUUCUCAUUACAGUAAUUGAGGGGGAAAAAUUAUAUAUUGUGUAAAGUGUGAGGUUUUCAUACAUGAUAUUUCUUCUGCCCAUAAUUAAUGCUGAUUGAAAUAAAACAAUUUUAAUAUCUUUUUCCCCCUUUUGAUUUUGGGUUGAAAUGUAACUUGGAUGUGUUUUUGUGAGAUUCAUGCUGCUGUUGUUUCGUGUAGCAUUAAUCACAGACAUCCCAAAGCAACUUGAACUAUAGGCGUAUAUUAAAUGUAAUGUCUAUUUCAGUGAUAUGACCCAUGCAACCUAAUUGUUUAAGCACUUUCCAAAGUAAUCAUAAUGUAAUAAAAAAAUAAGCAGAAUCUCCUCAGAUUUAAA